AGUAUCGUGGAUAAUGUAAAAAUAUUUUCAAAAAUGAAUUUAUAUUUGGAUAAUAAUAAAUUCCCGUAUAAAAUUUUUACUAUUAGUAUAAUUUUACUCGUUUUUGGUACUCGUAUCGUGUCAUCAGAAGCAGAAGAAUUUUCUAACCUCAAACAUGACAAUGUCACGUUGGAUAAUAAGAAUAUUAUGUUACAUGAUACACAAACAAACUUGACUAUUAAUACUUCUAUAGAAUUACAUGCAUCUGAAAAAUCUGGUAACAACAGUUUGAAUAUAAAUACCAUUGUAUUAAAUGUAACAGAUACCAAAUCUCAAACUAUAUCCACAAGUACAGUCCGAUUGGAUCAUGACAUUAAUAAUGAGACCACAGAAAAAGUUAUUACUGUCACAACGAAUAAUGUUAAUGACAGAAAUGGAAGUACCAUACCAGAUUUUACUAUAUCAUCGCAAAGCCCAGAUGUCAGCAAUGUAACGAAUGCAAGUACAACAACUAUUACUCCAGCAGAACCUGUAUUGCCUGACAAGGGAUCCGCAGAAGAAGAACAUAAUAGUUCUAUGUCCAUAUUUUUUGUCUUGUGUGUGUUAGCCUUGGGCAUUUUACUUAUACAUCUAAUGCUACAAACAAAUUUUCAAUAUCUACCUGAAUCAGUGGUAAUCGUUUUCUUAGGAGGAGCUAUCGGCAUGAUCAUAAAUCUUAUGUCAAAUCAAAACAUAGCUAAUUGGAGAAAGGAAGAAGCUUUUUCUCCAACUGCUUUUUUCCUUGUACUUCUUCCACCAAUCAUAUUUGAAUCAGGAUAUAAUUUACACAAAGGAAACUUUUUUCAAAACAUUGGUAGUAUUUUGGUUUUUGCUAUAUUUGGUACAGCAAUAUCAGCAUUUGUCAUUGGUGCUGGAAUAUAUCUAUUAGGAUUAGCUCAAGUAGCAUACAAACUCAGUUUUGUUGAAAGUUUUGCAUUUGGAUCGUUAAUAUCUGCGGUAGAUCCUGUUGCCACUGUAGCUAUAUUUCAUGCCUUAGAUGUAGAUCCAGUAUUAAACAUGUUAGUCUUUGGAGAAUCUAUCUUAAAUGAUGCAAUUUCUAUUGUAUUAACCACAUCUGUAUUGGAAUCUAAUAAUGCAGCAACCACUAGUGAAGCCAUCAUUCUUGGCUUAAAUAGAUUUUGUCUCAUGUUUUUUGCUUCUGCGGGCAUUGGAGUUGUUUUUGCUCUUACAAGUGCAUUGUUACUGAAACAUGUGGAUCUUAGAAAAAAUCCAUCUCUUGAGUUUGGUCUUAUGUUGGUGUUUACUUAUGCGCCAUAUGUAUUGGCAGAAGGUAUUCAAUUAUCUGGCAUCAUGGCAAUUUUGUUUAAUGGAAUAGUAAUGUCGCAUUACACUCAUUUUAAUUUAUCAACUGUCACUCAAAUUACAAUGCAACAAACGAUGAGAACUUUGGCGUUUAUUGCUGAAACUUGUGUCUUUGCAUACUUGGGGCUAGCAUUAUUCAGCUUUAGACAUAGAGUUGAACCUGCAUUAGUUGUUUGGUCUAUAAUUCUCUGUCUUAUUGGUAGAGCUGCGAAUAUUUUUCCAUUAGCUCUUCUUGUUAAUCGUUUUCGGGAACACCAGAUCACCAGGAAAAUGAUGUUUAUAAUGUGGUUUAGUGGUUUGCGGGGUGCUAUUUCGUAUGCAUUGUCACUUCAUUUGGAUUUCAGUGAUGAAACAAGACAUGUGAUCAUUACAACUACAUUAAUUAUUGUGUUGUUCACAACAUUAAUAUUCGGCGGUUCUACUAUGCCAUUGUUAAAGUUCUUACGAGCUGAAAAGAAACAAAAGAAUAACAGUAGAAGAAAGAGAAAAGAUAAAGAAGUGUCUUUAAGUAAAACUAGAGAAUGGGGUCAAACAAUAGAUUCUGAACAUCUAUCAGAACUUACAGAAGAAGAAAUUGAAGUAUCUUUUCUUCAAUCACGAAUUCGUGGUUUUGCAAGAUGGGAUUUAAAGUUUUUUAUUCCUUUUUUCACAAGAAGGUUUACUCAACAAGAAUUGAAGGAUUGUAAAUCACAAAUGACAGAUCUAACAAAUCAAUGGUAUCAAGCUAUUCGAAUAAGUCCUAUGGAAUCAGAUGAUGAUGUAACUACUGCAUCAACGGCACAAUUAAAUAUAAAUUUAUCUGGAGAAAGUAGAACUCAAAUUCAUGGAAAACAAAGCAAAGGACGUCCAAGUCACGGGUCUAUAUUAAAGGGGAUGAGGAUUGGUCUGAUUAGUAAUGAAAUAUGUAGACAAAUUUGAAGUACAGUUGUAUCAAAACAUGUCUGUUACAUAAAACUUAUAUUAUAGAAGUUAACACAACAUCAUUAAUAUGGUAUUUGCGAUUGAUAAAGCAAGGCCAUACACGAGGAGAGUUUAGUUCCUUUUUAAAUGUGGAGAAGUAUGUGAUAUUCUCAAAAAGAUUUUAACUUCUGCACAAAAAUAAUGUAUAACAUAUUAAUUAUAUAUAUUUAUUAAUUUUUAUAUGCUAGUUACACCGCAUAUCAUGCAACAAGUAUUUGUAUAAAAUAUAGGACUCCUAUGGCACUAAAAAAUUAAUAUUAUGAUAAGUGAUAAACUUGGUUUCAUGAAAGUAAUAUUUGAUCUUUCAAUUCGUAAAAAUAAUUCGAUAUUUAUGUAUAUUAUAAAAUUAAAAUUAUUUUUAAUGUAUACAAGUGUAUUAUACACAAAGUGUGUUAUAAUAGGAUAUUUACUAAGAUAGCUUUUAAAUAUUUUAUCAUGCUGAAUAUAUAUUCUUUAUAUGACUAUAUGAAAUAAUGUAUAUUUAAAUAACAAUGCUGUAAAACUUUUAUUUUUAAACAAAUUCUCAUUAAAAUGAGAAUAAAUGAUUGAAACUUUAUUCUUAUAAAUUUUAUGGUUUCCUCUUAUCAUUUACUGUUUUUGUAAAUAUCCUAUUACACUGUAUAUAUUGUAUGUACAAUACAUAUAUAAUGUGCUGCAUUAGCAUCUUCGUACUAUUAAGUAUUAUUUCUAUCUGGAUAUAUUUUAUGUUUCAAUUCACACGUUUAUAUUCUUUUAAAAUGUCAUAAAAACAAUUUCAUUUCUAUCCGAUAAAAAUGAUUUAACCAUUUGAGUGGCAUGGAUAGACUAGCAUUUUUAGAUAUUAAGCAAAAGAGAAGCGCGAUUAUGUCUCUUGGCACUCAAACGGUAAAGGAAUGGAAUAACGCCCAAUUUUCCCAAAUUCUCUUGUAUAGUAUUAUAAAUUAAAGCAAAUGCAAAUUUUCGUUUUCUUGCAGUAAAGUAUUAUUUUGUCAUAUGAAACGAAAUUAUCAUAUUUAAUUGUAAUUCAUUACUAAAUAAAAAAGGCCAGAAUGAAAUGUUUCUUCUAUUAGCUAAUUUAUUAGUUCAACAGUAAUCCUACAAUUUAC